UAUAAUAAAGGGCAGAAGAGAAUCUGCUAGAAACAUCUGGGCAGAAGGGUAAAGCCGAGGAUCUAUAAAUUAGUAUAAAGGGUCAAGGACCUCGAGGAGGUGCAAUCAAGAGAGAAAAUAGGGAAAUCAUCGUUGGUACAUCUGCCGAUCCCAUGGAAGAGAGCUCAGGUAUGGAAAUGAACUCUGAGACGACGGUGACGCAAACUACUGCGUCGUCUGAGCCCUUGAACCGUGCAGAAGAACUCAGAGGCUUAUUUACAUUGGCUCGCCAGUUCAUAAAUCAGGGGAAGCCAUCUCUGGCACUUCAAGCGGUGAUAAUGGCUAUGAGAACUAAUGGUGGAGAAGAUGAUGUGCUCCAGACCCUGCACCGUGCUCGUGAACUAUAUCGAAACAAAGUGCAGGCAAAAGCUGCUGCUGAUGAGCUGGCUUCUUUGUUUGCAGAAUGUGCGAUUGCUGAAGCGCAGCCACUAAAACUUAAUCCAUCACCUUUCGAUUCUGGGGGCCCAUCUAUGACAUCUGAUAUUCAUGGAAGUUCAAUCCUUGCCAAAUCUGGAAGGGAACAGAUUAUGUUGGAUGCCUGCACAGAUGGAAGCAGUUUCAUAUGCUUACAGUGUGGAGGCCUCGUGAGUCAACAUCGAAGGGAGGAGCACUUUGCAUACUGGUGCUGUAAAAUCUAAAAUUAGAAGGUAUUCAAAUGGGUUAUGUCUCUCUUUUCUCAUUCUUCAGUAUCAUAACCCAAAACUUAGAAACAACAUUAGACUAGCAUGGACUGAAAACGUCUCAGGAUGGUAAAAAGGAAUGAAAGGGGAAGAUGAGUAUCAAAAUUUCUUCAGAGUUGUAAUGUUGAAGAACAAUGAACAGAUUCCGUUUCCCUGUUGUUUUGGGUGUUAUUCAUGCCAAUCGUAUUUGUGGGUAUAAUCCAGGUCCUGUUAUUGUUAGAUGAUCCAAUAGCCAUGAGACAUAUACAGGUAAUAAUAUAAAAUGUGAGAUGAUUGAUUCAACUUUUA